AUGUCGCAAACACCAUCCGCUGCUUGCUGCAACACCCCGGCUGUUGUGAGCAAAGGGUACAAAGAGAAGGGAAACUAUAUCACUGUCGACGGGUUGAAGACAUACAAGACGGGACCCUCCUCUGCGAGCCAUGGUAUUCUAGUUGUCUACGACAUUUUCGGAUUCUUCCCCCAAACGCUGCAAGGUGCCGACAUCCUUGCACACGCAGACAAGGAUCACCAGUACCAGGUCUACAUGCCGGACUUCUUCGAGGGCAAACCCGCCGACAUUGCCUGGUACCCGCCCGAUACGGAAGAGAAGGGAAAGAAAUUGGGCGAGUUUUUCCAGACCUCUGCUGCCCCUCCAAAGACGGUCGAGCGGGUCAAGAGCGUGAUGGAGGAGUUGAAGUCGAAGAAUCCCGGUAUCAAAAGCUGGGGAAUUGUUGGAUACUGCUGGGGUGGUAAGAUUGUGAACCUUGUAUCUGGAUCCAAUACCGUCUUCAAAGCAGCUGCAACCUGCCAUCCCGCCAUGGUUGACCCGAACGAUGCACCAAACGUCACCAUCCCUAUGCUCAUGAUCCCCUCCAAGGACGAAGAUCAGGAGGCUGUGGACAAGUACGAGGCGAAUCUCAAGGUGCCCCACCAGGUAGAAUGGUUCAAGGAUCAGAUUCACGGCUUCAUGGCGGCGCGAAGUGACCUUGAGAAUGAUGAUGUCAAGGCUGCCUACGAGAAGGCCUACCAGCUCCUGUUGAACUUCUUCCAUAAGCAGCUCUGA